AUGAGGCGAGCGGCGAGGAGCCCACGGGGCAAGGGCGGCCCGGCCCCCACGCAGUGCGUCCAGACCCUGUGCUUCGACCCGCUGGUCCGCGGCUGCGUGGCCUGCAGGCUCCUACGGACGCCGGAGCCCGGACCGCCCGAGCCGAGCAGCCUGGCGCCCGGGACCGCGGUGCAGCCGCAGGAGUCGGCGGGCUCGGGGGUGGCGGGCCCCGGCGAGGCGCUGCCGCUCCCCGCGCUGCUCUUCGGCGUCCCCGCGCUGCUGGGCCUGGCGCUGGCCCUGGUCCUGGUGUCCGUGGUGAGCUGCAGGCGGCGGCGGCUCCGAGGGGCGGCUCCCUCCGAGGCCCCGGACGGAGACGAGAGGCUGUGACCCAAUCCUGACCCUGCCUCCCCCCCACCAGAGCCCCUAGACAAUGUCAUCAUCCUCUCUUCUGGACCCCUUGAUGCCACAGCUCCUGUCUGGCCUCCACCCGGAGAAAAUCCAACCACCAUCCCUCCUGCCCACAAUGUUCCUGUGCCAGCCACAGAGCUGGGCUCCACUGAGCUGGUGACCACCAAGACAGCUGGCCCUGAGCAACAGUAGCAAUGGAAGGGGCAGGAGGUGGCCCCUGCCCUCCCUGUGGGCCAUCCGCCAGGGGAUUGGAGGUUUGGUUCGGCUCUUCAUCCCAGCGUCCACCUGCCCCUUUCUGGGAACCAGGCUGCUCCCCAGCUAACCCUGCAGGACACAGACACUGCACCCCUCAGGGUUCAGCUGGCACGGUACCCUAUGGCACGUCAGUGUUUGGCUUAAAACCCUACCAUCUUUGAGCCCUUGAAGUUUGUGACUGAGCACCUGUGCUUUUGAGUUGUCAGGGCACUUUGAGUAGGAGGCUUUUCCUUUAGAGUGGGGAAGCCACCAUUAAGCCAGAAUGAACCCAGGAGCAGGACCAUGUGGGAAGAGGCACACUUUGUAGCUGGGGAUUGUAUUUCUUUAAUACUUGCUCUCAGAGCUGCCCUGCUUUCCAGCUGAUGCACAUGGCUGCAGCGCUGACCAAAAGCCAAUCAAUGGGUUUGCUUUGGGAUUUAAUACAAGCUGAUUUGAAGAAGUAGCCUGGAUUGUGCUGAUUCUCAGGUGUCUGUACCCCAGUGUCAACCCUGAGCUUAGCCCAGUCCGCUAGGACCUGUGAUACCAUUUGCGCUCCAGGGGCAGCUUCCAGAGCCCAAGGCUUGCACUUGGGAUGAGUCUGCAGCUUCUGGGAGGGACUGCACUCAUGCUGAAGGAUCACUGACAGCCAUCCCCCUCAGAGACCCCCUGGGUCCCAGCUACCUCCAAAGCUCACUCAGCCGGACACAGGGCAGGGCCCAGGACCUUCAACAUGCUUCUUCAUAGGCCUGUGGCCUUGAACCAACAGGACCAGAUAUUUCUUGAGCUCCUUUCCCUCUGUGGCCUGCCCUCCCCAGGCACUGGCCCAAGUGCUGGAGUCACUUGGCCAGUCGGUGCCAACCCGAGAUCACCCACCAUCCCAGUAGAACUGCCUCCUGGUGGUGAGGCCGCUUGCUCUGGGUGGGGAUGAGGAUUCGAGCCCAGUUCUGGAACACACUGUGCUUAGCCUCUCCUGCCAGCCCUCCUGCCCAGAACUCCACCCUGGAAAGCACUUUGGAACUUCUUACAACUCAGCAUCUUUGGAAGGAUCACUGGACAGGGAAUCAGAAGAAGGGGUUCUGGAUACCAUUUUGUCCCACUGUAGGACUUUGGCCACACAUCAACGUUUCCAGCUUGCCUCUUCCUGACUUGACAUCAGAGGUGCCCAGCCAAUACUCGUCCUUCCUUCCGAGCACAGAAGACAGUCAGCAGCCUGCAGCAUGCAGAGCCCCCAGGACCUGGACACUCACGUCUAAGUGUCUAAGUCUCUUCCUAGCCACCACCCCCCGAACCCAUCUCAGAUGCCCCUCCUUCCAGGGAGCCAGGUAGCUGGAGUGAGAUCAGGUGGUAGGCAGGCAGGAGAGUGAGGGGCAGACCCCAAUCAUCAACUCUCCUCCAUCUCGGGGGUUGGGGGAGUCUGGGCUGUUUCUGGCCGCUUCAUCCCCCAACCCACCUUUUCCACCAGAGCCCCAGAGCAGGCGGCUGGACCCUGGAGGUGAAACAAGUGGUUGAAACUCCUCUGGGGCCUAGACAUGCAAACCUCGGGUACCACUGUGUCCCGGCUGAGCCCCUGUGCAGCUUCCUCUCCAGUCUCGGUUUCCUUUUCUGAAAAAUGAGGGGCUGGAUGCAAAGUGGAGAAGGGCUGGAAGGAACCUUAGAGAAUCCUCAUGCCCUCCCCCAUUUUGCAGAUGAGGAAACUGGGGCCAGAGAAAGAAAAGACUUGGUGUCAUUGUCAUCCAGCAAAGAGCAGAAGGGGAGUUUGUUAGGGAAGAACCAGGAGCAGAGGCCAGGGAGAGGUGGGCAAGGGGGGGUGAGUCUCCCCCAGGCCCCGAAACGGACCCCACCUCCCAGGGGCCUCCGUCCUCUGGCCCUCUGUCCUAGGCAUUGCUUUCAAGGAACCUUGGCAAGGUCACCGCAUUUGACCUUGAUGGUAGAACCUAGAGGAGGGGUGGGGGUGUUUGUGUUUGCUUCAAACAAAUGUAUUUUAUUUAAAAAAUCAAGGAAUGUAUUUUGUAGACAUUUUGGGAAGUUUCAGACAGCAAUCCAGAUGGAGUCCACAGAGAAAUGACCCCAAAUCCAGCAACACCAGGCCCAAGUGGUGGAUUUCCUACAUAAGCGUAAUCAUUCUAUACAUACAAGUUAAUACCAUGACUGUCACAUUUGGUGAGUUUCCUCUUUAAGCACUUCAUAAACAAGAUGAAAACCUUGCAAAUGUUGAAACGUUUGCCACUGGAGCACUCUGUUCUUUCCAGUUGUCACAGUGGUCCCCCUUAUCCACAGUUUCCCUUUUGGUUAUCUGGGGUCAACCAUGGGCCAAAAAUAUUAAAUGUAAGA